AUGUCGGAUCCAGCAGAAGCUGAGCGUUUGCUUGGUGAUGGUCAAGAGCGCAGAAAGGUAAAAAGAGAUAUAUGUGCUAUAUGUUUUAUGGCGGCGCUAAUCGUAGGUGCAGUAAUAGGAUUGGCCGCAGUAUGGGCAUCGUUGGAAAAUGUUGAAACUCCUAAAAGGAGCGUCAUCCUUAUGAUCUCUGACGGAUUUGGUCCAACAUCAGAGACCUUUGCUCGUACUUAUAAUCAACAUGUGAAUAAAUUGAAAUAUAAUUAUGUCUCACCCUUGGAUGAAAUUUUGGUUGGAUCUUCUCGAACUAGAUCAUCUAGUAGUUUGGUUACUGAUUCUGCCGCCGGAGCUACAGCUUUUGCAUGUGCUGUGAAAUCUUACAAUGCCGCUAUUGGAGUUACUUCAAAGAAAAUACCUUGUGGUACCGUACUGGAAUCUGCAAAAUACCUUGGUUUAGCAACAGGUUUGGUUGUUACAAGUCGUAUCACCCAUGCCACACCAGCUUCAUUUUCAGCUCAUGUGAUUCAUAGAGAUAUGGAGGCUGAUAUUGCUACACAACAAAUUGGUGAUAAUCCCCUUGGAAAUCAAGUUGAUUUAAUGUUUGGUGGAGGUCGUUGCUAUUUCUUGCCAAAUCGUACAGAAGGAAGUUGUAGAAUUGAUCAACGUGAUUUGCAUAUGUCAUAUGAAAUUGAUCGUGACCCUACUCAAGAACCAUCUUUGAAAGAAAUGUCGGAAAAGGCUCUAAAAUUUCUUGAUUCCGCAACCGCGAAAAACGAUAAGGGAUUUUUCCUCAUGAUCGAAGGCAGUAGAAUUGAUAUGGCUGCUCAUAGUAAUGAUCCUGCUACACAUGUUCACGAUAUCUUGGCCUACCAUGAAACAGUUGAAUUAAUCAAGAAUUAUGUUGAUGAACACCCUGACACGGUUAUGAUUUCAGUCAGUGAUCAUGAAACUGGUGGAUUAUCUCUUGCCCGUCAAGUUAGUCUCGAAUACCCGGAAUAUUUGUGGUUUCCUGAAAUGUUAACGCGCGUAAAGAAUUCUUCAUUUAUUCUUUCACAGGAACUAGUUCAAUAUUGGAAUGAAGAUCGUGAAGAAUUUAUUAAAAAUUCGAUAAUUAAUUAUGGUUUAGGAAUAGAUGAUGUUCUAGAUUAUGAAAUCAAUUACCUACAAAAAAACCAUUCUCAGGUGGAAUAUGAAUUCUAUUUGGCUAAUAUGACAAGUAUAAGAGCUCAACUAGGGUGGACAACGCAUGGACAUACUGCCGUUGACGUUAAUCUUUAUGCUUAUGGGAAGGAUAUCGAAUUUUUACGUGGAAACCAUGAAAAUAUAGAGAUUGGAGAUUUUAUUGUUGAAUAUCUUAAUUUGGAUCUUGAUACCAUUUCAUCUAAAUUAAAGAAUUCUACCUUCCAUCAACCUACCGAUUCCACUCAUUACCACGCCGAUAAGCAUCACCCUCACACUCACGUCUAA